AUGGAGCAGGUGCGUGGUGGUGCCUGCCUUGGGAGUGUGAAGGGCGCAGCUGAUCCCAUGCUCCAUGCGCGCGCUCAUGUCAUUCACGGCGAGAUCGAGGAGCUGCCAGCAGUCUCAUCAGCCAGCGUGGCGCAAACUAACUCAUCAAUGGAGCAGGUGCGUGGUGGUGCCUGCCUUGGGAGUGUGAAGGGCGCAGCUGAUCCCAUGCUCCAUGCCUGCUCUCAUGUCAUUCACGGCGAGAUCGAGGAGCUGCGAGCAGUCUCAUCAGCCAGCGUGGCGCAAACUAACUCAUCAAUGGAGCAGGUGCGUGGUGGUGCCUGCCUUGGGAGUGUGAAGGGCGCAGCUGAUCCCAUGCUCCAUGCGCGCGCUCGUGUCAUUCACGGCGAGAUCGAGGAGCUGCCAGCAGUCUCAUCAGCCAGCGUGGCGCAAACUAACUCAUCAAUGGAGCAGGUGCGUGGUGGUGCCUGCCUUGGGAGUGUGAAGGGCGCAGCUGAUCCCAUGCUCCAUGCGCGCGCUCAUGUCAUUCACGGCGAGAUCGAGGAGCUGCCAGCAGUCUCAUCAGCCAGCGUGGCGCAAACUAACUCAUCAAUGGAGCAGGUGCGUGGUGGUGCCUGCCUUGGGAGUGUGAAGGGCGCAGCUGAUCCCAUGCUCCAUGCCUGCUCUCAUGUCAUUCACGGCGAGAUCGAGGAGCUGCCAGCAGUCUCAUCAGCCACCGUGGCGCAAACUAACUCAUCAAUGGAGCAGGUGCGUGGUGCCUGCCUUGGGAGUGUGAAGGGCGCAGCUGAUCCCAUGCUCCAUGCCUGCUCUCAUGUCAUUCACGGCGAGAUCGAGGAGCUGCGAGCAGUCUCAUCAGCCAGCGUGGCGCAAACUAACUCAUCAAUGGAGCAGGUGCGUGGUGGUGCCUGCCUUGGGAGUGUGAAGGGCGCAGCUGAUCCCAUGCUCCAUGCGCGCUCUCAUGUCAUUCACGGCGAGAUCGAGGAGCUGCCAGCAGUCUCAUCAGCCAGCGUGGCGCAAACUAACUCAUCAAUGGAGCAGGUGCGUGGUGGUGCCUGCCUUGGGAGUGUGAAGGGCGCAGCUGAUCCCAUGCUCCAUGCCUGCUCUCAUGUCAUUCACGGCGAGAUCGAGGAGCUGCCAGCAGUCUCAUCAGCCAGCGUGGCGCAAACUAACUCAUCAAUGGAGCAGGUGCGUGGUGGUGCCUGCCUUGGGAGUGUGAAGGGCGCAGCUGAUCCCAUGCUCCAUGCGCGCGCUCAUGUCAUUCACGGCGAGAUCGAGGAGCUGCGAGCAGUCUCAUCAGCCAGCGUGGCGCAAACUAACUCAUCAAUGGAGCAGGUGCGUGGUGGUGCCUGCCUUGGGAGUGUGAAGGGCGCAGCUGAUCCCAUGCUCCAUGCGCGCGCUCAUGUCAUUCACGGCGAGAUCGAGGAGCUGCCAGCAGUCUCAUCAGCCAGCGUGGCGCAAACUAACUCAUCAAUGGAGCAGGUGCGUGGUGCCUGCCUUGGGAGUGUGAAGGGCGCAGCUGAUCCCAUGCUCCAUGCCUGCUCUCAUGUCAUUCACGGCGAGAUCGAGGAGCCGCGAGCAGUCUCAUCAGCCAGCGUGGCGCAAACUAACUCAUCAAUGGAGCAGGUGCGUGGUGGUGCCUGCCUUGGGAGUGUGAAGGGCGCAGUCAAUCCCAUGCUCCAUGCGCGCUCUCAUGUCAUUCACGGCGAGAUCGAGGAGCUGCGAGCAGUCUCAUCAGCCAGCGUGGCGCAAACUAACUCAUCAAUGGAGCAGGUGCGUGGUGGUGCCUGCCUUGGGAGUGUGAAGGGCGCAGCUGAUCCCAUGCUCCAUGCGUGCGCUCAUGUCAUUCACGGCGAGAUCGAGGAGCUGCCAGCAGUCUCAUCAGCCAGCGUGGCGCAAACUAACUCAUCAAUGGAGCAGGUGCGUGGUGGUGCCUGCCUUGGGAGUGUGAAGGGCGCAGCUGAUCCCAUGCUCCAUGCCUGCUCUCAUGUCAUUCACGGCGAGAUCGAGGAGCUGCCAGCAGUCUCAUCAGCCAGCGUGGCGCAAACUAACUCAUCAAUGGAGCAGGUGCGUGGUGGUGCCUGCCUUGGGAGUGUGAAGGGCGCAGCUGAUCCCAUGCUCCAUGCGCGCGCUCAUGUCAUUCACGGCGAGAUCGAGGAGCUGCGAGCAGUCUCAUCAGCCAGCGUGGCGCAAACUAACUCAUCAAUGGAGCAGGUGCGUGGUGGUGCCUGCCUUGGGAGUGUGAAGGGCGCAGCUGAUCCCAUGCUCCAUGCCUGCUCUCAUGUCAUUCACGGCGAGAUCGAGGAGCUGCCAGCAGUCUCAUCAGCCACCGUGGCGCAAACUAACUCAUCAAUGGAGCAGGUGCGUGGUGGUGCCUGCCUUGGGAGUGUGAAGGGCGCAGCUGAUCCCAUGCUCCAUGCCUGCUCUCAUGUCAUUCACGGCGAGAUCGAGGAGCUGCCAGCAGUCUCAUCAGCCAGCGUGGCGCAAACUAACUCAUCAAUGGAGCAGGUGCGUGGUGCCUGCCUUGGGAGUGUGAAGGGCGCAGCUGAUCCCAUGCUCCAUGCGCGCGCUCAUGUCAUUCACGGCGAGAUCGAGGAGCUGCCAGCAGUCUCAUCAGCCAGCGUGGCGCAAACUAACUCAUCAAUGGAGCAGGUGCGUGGUGCCUGCCUUGGGAGUGUGAAGGGCGCAGCUGAUCCCAUGCUCCAUGCCUGCUCUCAUGUCAUUCACGGCGAGAUCGAGGAGCCGCGAGCAGUCUCAUCAGCCAGCGUGGCGCAAACUAACUCAUCAAUGGAGCAGGUGCGUGGUGGUGCCUGCCUUGGGAGUGUGAAGGGCGCAGCUGAUCCCAUGCUCCAUGCGCGCUCUCAUGUCAUUCACGGCGAGAUCGAGGAGCUGCGAGCAGUCUCAUCAGCCAGCGUGGCGCAAACUAACUCAUCAAUGGAGCAGGUGCGUGGUGGUGCCUGCCUUGGGAGUGUGAAGGGCGCAGCUGAUCCCAUGCUCCAUGCGUGCGCUCAUGUCAUUCACGGCGAGAUCGAGGAGCUGCCAGCAGUCUCAUCAGCCAGCGUGGCGCAAACUAACUCAUCAAUGGAGCAGGUGCGUGGUGGUGCCUGCCUUGGGAGUGUGAAGGGCGCAGCUGAUCCCAUGCUCCAUGCCUGCUCUCAUGUCAUUCACGGCGAGAUCGAGGAGCUGCCAGCAGUCUCAUCAGCCAGCGUGGCGCAAACUAACUCAUCAAUGGAGCAGGUGCGUGGUGGUGCCUGCCUUGGGAGUGUGAAGGGCGCAGCUGAUCCCAUGCUCCAUGCGCGCGCUCAUGUCAUUCACGGCGAGAUCGAGGAGCUGCGAGCAGUCUCAUCAGCCAGCGUGGCGCAAACUAACUCAUCAAUGGAGCAGGUGCGUGGUGGUGCCUGCCUUGGGAGUGUGAAGGGCGCAGCUGAUCCCAUGCUCCAUGCCUGCUCUCAUGUCAUUCACGGCGAGAUCGAGGAGCUGCCAGCAGUCUCAUCAGCCACCGUGGCGCAAACUAACUCAUCAAUGGAGCAGGUGCGUGGUGCCUGCCUUGGGAGUGUGAAGGGCGCAGCUGAUCCCAUGCUCCAUGCCUGCUCUCAUGUCAUUCACAGCGAGAUCGAGGAGCUGCGAGCAGUCUCAUCAGCCAGCGUGGCGCAAACUAACUCAUCAAUGGAGCAGGUGCGUGGUGGUGCCUGCCUUGGGAGUGUGAAGGGCGCAGCUGAUCCCAUGCUCCAUGCGCGCUCUCAUGUCAUUCACGGCGAGAUCGAGGAGCUGCCAGCAGUCUCAUCAGCCAGCGUGGCGCAAACUAACUCAUCAAUGGAGCAGGUGCGUGGUGGUGCCUGCCUUGGGAGUGUGAAGGGCGCAGCUGAUCCCAUGCUCCAUGCGCGCGCUCGUGUCAUUCACGGCGAGAUCGAGGAGCUGCCAGCAGUCUCAUCAGCCAGCGUGGCGCAAACUAACUCAUCAAUGGAGCAGGUGCGUGGUGGUGCCUGCCUUGGGAGUGUGAAGGGCGCAGCUGAUCCCAUGCUCCAUGCGCGCGCUCAUGUCAUUCACGGCGAGAUCGAGGAGCUGCCAGCAGUCUCAUCAGCCAGCGUGGCGCAAACUAACUCAUCAAUGGAGCAGGUGCGUGGUGGUGCCUGCCUUGGGAGUGUGAAGGGCGCAGCUGAUCCCAUGCUCCAUGCCUGCUCUCAUGUCAUUCACGGCGAGAUCGAGGAGCUGCCAGCAGUCUCAUCAGCCACCGUGGCGCAAACUAACUCAUCAAUGGAGCAGGUGCGUGGUGCCUGCCUUGGGAGUGUGAAGGGCGCAGCUGAUCCCAUGCUCCAUGCCUGCUCUCAUGUCAUUCACGGCGAGAUCGAGGAGCUGCGAGCAGUCUCAUCAGCCAGCGUGGCGCAAACUAACUCAUCAAUGGAGCAGGUGCGUGGUGGUGCCUGCCUUGGGAGUGUGAAGGGCGCAGCUGAUCCCAUGCUCCAUGCGCGCUCUCAUGUCAUUCACGGCGAGAUCGAGGAGCUGCCAGCAGUCUCAUCAGCCAGCGUGGCGCAAACUAACUCAUCAAUGGAGCAGGUGCGUGGUGGUGCCUGCCUUGGGAGUGUGAAGGGCGCAGCUGAUCCCAUGCUCCAUGCCUGCUCUCAUGUCAUUCACGGCGAGAUCGAGGAGCUGCCAGCAGUCUCAUCAGCCAGCGUGGCGCAAACUAACUCAUCAAUGGAGCAGGUGCGUGGUGGUGCCUGCCUUGGGAGUGUGAAGGGCGCAGCUGAUCCCAUGCUCCAUGCGCGCGCUCAUGUCAUUCACGGCGAGAUCGAGGAGCUGCGAGCAGUCUCAUCAGCCAGCGUGGCGCAAACUAACUCAUCAAUGGAGCAGGUGCGUGGUGGUGCCUGCCUUGGGAGUGUGAAGGGCGCAGCUGAUCCCAUGCUCCAUGCCUGCUCUCAUGUCAUUCACGGCGAGAUCGAGGAGCUGCCAGCAGUCUCAUCAGCCACCGUGGCGCAAACUAACUCAUCAAUGGAGCAGGUGCGUGGUGCCUGCAUUGGGAGUGUGAAGGGCGCAGCUGAUCCCAUGCUCCAUGCCUGCUCUCAUGUCAUUCACAGCGAGAUCGAGGAGCUGCGAGCAGUCUCAUCAGCCAGCGUGGCGCAAACUAACUCAUCAAUGGAGCAGGUGCGUGGUGGUGCCUGCCUUGGGAGUGUGAAGGGCGCAGCUGAUCCCAUGCUCCAUGCGCGCUCUCAUGUCAUUCACGGCGAGAUCGAGGAGCUGCCAGCAGUCUCAUCAGCCAGCGUGGCGCAAACUAACUCAUCAAUGGAGCAGGUGCGUGGUGGUGCCUGCCUUGGGAGUGUGAAGGGCGCAGCUGAUCCCAUGCUCCAUGCGCGCGCUCGUGUCAUUCACGGCGAGAUCGAGGAGCUGCCAGCAGUCUCAUCAGCCAGCGUGGCGCAAACUAACUCAUCAAUGGAGCAGGUGCGUGGUGGUGCCUGCCUUGGGAGUGUGAAGGGCGCAGCUGAUCCCAUGCUCCAUGCGCGCGCUCAUGUCAUUCACGGCGAGAUCGAGGAGCUGCCAGCAGUCUCAUCAGCCAGCGUGGCGCAAACUAACUCAUCAAUGGAGCAGGUGCGUGGUGGUGCCUGCCUUGGGAGUGUGAAGGGCGCAGCUGAUCCCAUGCUCCAUGCCUGCUCUCAUGUCAUUCACGGCGAGAUCGAGGAGCUGCCAGCAGUCUCAUCAGCCACCGUGGCGCAAACUAACUCAUCAAUGGAGCAGAUCGAGGAGCUGCGAGCAGUCUCAUCAGCCAGCGUGGCGCAAACUAACUCAUCAAUGGAGCAGGUGCGUGGUGGUGCCUGCCUUGGGAGUGUGAAGGGCGCAGCUGAUCCCAUGCUCCAUGCGCGCUCUCAUGUCAUUCACGGCGAGAUCGAGGAGCUGCCAGCAGUCUCAUCAGCCAGCGUGGCGCAAACUAACUCAUCAAUGGAGCAGGUGCGUGGUGCCUGCCUUGGGAGUGUGAAGGGCGCAGCUGAUCCCAUGCUCCAUGCCUGCUCUCAUGUCAUUCACGGCGAGAUCGAGGAGCUGCGAGCAGUCUCAUCAGCCAGCGUGGCGCAAACUAACUCAUCAAUGGAGCAGGUGCGUGGUGGUGCCUGCCUUGGGAGUGUGAAGGGCGCAGCUGAUCCCAUGCUCCAUGCGCGCUCUCAUGUCAUUCACGGCGAGAUCGAGGAGCUGCCAGCAGUCUCAUCAGCCACCGUGGCGCAAACUAACUCAUCAAUGGAGCAGGUGCGUGGUGCCUGCCUUGGGAGUGUGAAGGGCGCAGCUGAUCCCAUGCUCCAUGCCUGCUCUCAUGUCAUUCACGGCGAGAUCGAGGAGCUGCGAGCAGUCUCAUCAGCCAGCGUGGCGCAAACUAACUCAUCAAUGGAGCAGGUGCGUGGUGGUGCCUGCCUUGGGAGUGUGAAGGGCGCAGCUGAUCCCAUGCUCCAUGCCUGCUCUCAUGUCAUUCACGGCGAGAUCGAGGAGCUGCCAGCAGUCUCAUCAGCCACCGUGGCGCAAACUAACUCAUCAAUGGAGCAGGUGCGUGGUGCCUGCCUUGGGAGUGUGAAGGGCGCAGCUGAUCCCAUGCUCCAUGCCUGCUCUCAUGUCAUUCACGGCGAGAUCGAGGAGCUGCGAGCAGUCUCAUCAGCCAGCGUGGCGCAAACUAACUCAUCAAUGGAGCAGGUGCGUGGUGGUGCCUGCCUUGGGAGUGUGAAGGGCGCAGCUGAUCCCAUGCUCCAUGCCUGCUCUCAUGUCAUUCACGGCGAGAUCGAGGAGCUGCCAGCAGUCUCAUCAGCCACCGUGGCGCAAACUAACUCAUCAAUGGAGCAGGUGCGUGGUGCCUGCCUUGGGAGUGUGAAGGGCGCAGCUGAUCCCAUGCUCCAUGCCUGCUCUCAUGUCAUUCACGGCGAGAUCGAGGAGCUGCGAGCAGUCUCAUCAGCCAGCGUGGCGCAAACUAACUCAUCAAUGGAGCAGGUGCGUGGUGGUGCCUGCCUUGGGAGUGUGAAGGGCGCAGCUGAUCCCAUGCUCCAUGCGCGCUCUCAUGUCAUUCACGGCGAGAUCGAGGAGCUGCCAGCAGUCUCAUCAGCCACCGUGGCGCAAACUAACUCAUCAAUGGAGCAGGUGUGUGGUGCCUGCCUUGGGAGUGUGAAGGGCGCAGCUGAUCCCAUGCUCCAUGCCUGCUCUCAUGUCAUUCACGGCGAGAUCGAGGAGCUGCGAGCAGUCUCAUCAGCCAGCGUGGCGCAAACUAACUCAUCAAUGGAGCAGGUGCGUGGUGGUGCCUGCCUUGGGAGUGUGAAGGGCGCAGCUGAUCCCAUGCUCCAUGCCUGCUCUCAUGUCAUUCACGGCGAGAUCGAGGAGCUGCCAGCAGUCUCAUCAGCCACCGUGGCGCAAACUAACUCAUCAAUGGAGCAGGUGCGUGGUGCCUGCCUUGGGAGUGUGAAGGGCGCAGCUGAUCCCAUGCUCCAUGCCUGCUCUCAUGUCAUUCACGGCGAGAUCGAGGAGCUGCGAGCAGUCUCAUCAGCCAGCGUGGCGCAAACUAACUCAUCAAUGGAGCAGGUGCGUGGUGGUGCCUGCCUUGGGAGUGUGAAGGGCGCAGCUGAUCCCAUGCUCCAUGCCUGCUCUCAUGUCAUUCACAGCGAGAUCGAGGAGCUGCGAGCAGUCUCAUCAGCCAGCGUGGCGCAAACUAACUCAUCAAUGGAGCAGAUCGAGGAGCUGCGAGCAGUCUCAUCAGCGAGUGUGGCCCAGUCCAACUCGUUCAUGGCGCAGACUUUUGAGUCCACUCAAAAGUGUGGCCCAGACCAACACAUCCAUGGAGCAGAUGCAGCAGCAGUUUGCGGCGUUGAGUUGGAGGCUGGGGGAGCUGGACCGGAGGGUGACGUCUCUCCCCCAUCUAAUAUACCCUCUUAUCCCUCCCCCCCCCAACAACAGAUGCAGCAGCAGUUUGCGGCGUUGAGUCGGAGGCUGGGGGAGCUGGACAGGAGGGUGACGUCAGCCAUGCAGGACCCGACCAUGCGUCUCGUGCUGCAGGGCAGUGCCCCGCUCUUCUCCCCCUCCUUGGGGGAGGCGGGGGAGAGAGGGAGGGAUUUGGAGGGGAGAGGGGAGGGGAGUCAGAGGCAGGGAGACAUGGAGAGAGGCGAGGGGAGGCAAGGAGUGGGGAGGGAGGAGGAAGAAAGGGAGGAGGGAGGUGGUGAGGCAGGGGGGAUUGGAGGGGUUAGAGGAAGUGGAGAAAGUGGUGAUGAUGAGAGGCGGGAAGGUGAGGAGAGGAGGGAGGAAGGUGGAGGAGUGAGUGAUGGUGUUGGGAGCAGUGGUAGUGGCGGUGAAGGUGCUGUGGGGGCCAGCAGUGCCAGUUGUGAUCCUUCUGUUGCUGGUGCUCUUUCUGGAAACACCUAA